AUGUGCAGCGGUGCAGUCAAUAACAUGGCAGAGCUUAUUGUCUGUCGCUGUCUACUGGGUAUUUUCGAAGCUGCAUUCGGCGCUGGUGCUCCUUACUUCCUGUCUCUCUUCUACCAGCGUCAGGAACUGGGCUUCCGUGUCUCGAUUCUGUUGGGAAUGUCGCCCGUUGCGAAUUGUUUCGCUAGUGCGCUUGCGUAUGGCAUCACCCAAAUUCGACAUUCAAUUGCCUCUUGGAGGUAUUUGUUCAUCAUUGAAGGAGCACCAACUGUUCUCUUUUCCGUCAUUGUCUUCUUCAACCUCCCCGACUCCCCAGGCACGGCGAAAUUCCUCUCCGAAAAUGAACAAACACAAGCAGUAGAGCGUCUUCAGACCGUCGAUACAACAGCAAAAACAAAACUCGAAUGGAAUCAGGUUUUCAACGGGCUCAAGGAUUACAAGAAUUAUGUCCAUAUGCUGAUCCAUUUCUGCUGCAACUAUUCUUUCGCCGGUCUGUCCAACUUCCUACCCACCAUCAUCCAGGAGAUGGGAUACACAUCAAUCAAUGCACAAGGUCUCUCGGCCCCGCCUUAUUUUGUUUCGUUUCUCCUAUGCGUGGUAGCCGCUAUUAUCUCCGAUAAGUGGGGAAGAAGAGGAAUCGUCAUCACGGUGAGCGCCACGGUCGGGAUGGUCGGGUAUCUCAUUCUAGCUGCGGUGCAAGAUGAAACCAAGCCCGGGCUUAGGUACUUCGGGAUUUGGCUGGCGACCUGUGGGGUAUUCCCUGCUCUUUCGAUCAAUAUCACCUGGCUUUUGAAUAACCAGGGCGGUGAUUCCAAGAAGGGAGCUGGUAUGGCGAUUCUGGCUGUUUUUGGGCAAUGUUCGAGCUUUGUGAGCAGCUCUGCAUUUCCGGAUUCCGAGGGGUAG